AUGUCCGCUGAAGCUUCUACUACCCCCGCCCCCGCCGAAAACCCGGCCAACGGCACCCCCGACAAUGCCACUGCCCCCGAGGUCACCUCUGUUGAGGCCCCUGCUGCCACUUCUCAGCCUCACUCGGCAUCUCUCUACGUCGGUGAACUUGACCCCUCUGUGACCGAGGCCAUGCUCUACGAGCUCUUCUCCUCCAUCGGACAGGUCGCUUCCAUCCGUGUCUGCCGUGACGCCGUUACCAGACGCUCCCUCGGAUACGCCUACGUCAACUACAAUGAUACCACCCACGGUGAACGCGCUCUUGAUGAGCUCAACUACACCCUGAUCAAGGGCAAGCCCUGCCGUAUCAUGUGGUCCCAGCGUGACCCCGCUCUGCGCAAGACUGGCCAGGGCAACGUCUUCAUUAAGAACCUGGACAACGCCAUCGACAACAAGGCUCUCCACGACACCUUUGCCGCCUUCGGCAACAUUCUCAGCUGCAAGGUCGCUCAGGAUGAGUUCGGUAACUCCAAGGGAUACGGUUUCGUUCACUACGAGACUGCCGAGGCCGCCAACAACGCUAUCAAGCACGUGAACGGCAUGUUGCUCAACGACAAGAAGGUUUUCGUCGGCCACCACAUCUCCAAGAAGGACCGCCAGAGCAAGUUCGAGGAGAUGAAGGCCAACUUCACCAACAUCUACAUCAAGAACAUCGACCCUGAAGUCACCGACGAUGAGUUCCGCACCCUGUUCGAGAAGUACGGUGAGAUCACCUCCGCCACUUUGAGCCGUGACAACGAGGGCAAGAGCCGUGGUUUCGGUUUUGUCAACUACUCCACCCACGAGAGCGCGCAGGCCGCCGUCGAGGAGAUGAACGACAAGGAAGUCCGUAGCCAGAAGCUGUAUGUCGGCCGUGCCCAGAAGAAGCACGAGCGCGAGGAGGAGCUCCGCAAGCAGUACGAAGCUGCUCGCAUGGAGAAGGCCUCCAAGUACCAGGGUGUCAACCUCUACGUCAAGAACCUCACUGACGAUGUUGACGACGAGAAGCUCCGAGAGCUCUUCGGACCUUACGGCACCAUCACUUCCGCCAAGGUCAUGCGCGACACAGUCCCCGCCGAGCCCACCUCCUCUCCUGAGUCGGAGGCCCAGGAGUCCAACAAGGAGAAUGAGAAGGCUACCGAGGAGAAGGAGGAGCCCGCCGCCGAGGAGACCGAGGGUGAGAAGAAGAACGAGAAGAAGCCUUUCGGAAAGAGCAAGGGCUUCGGUUUCGUCUGCUUCAGCAGCCCCGACGAGGCCUCCAAGGCUGUUACCGAGAUGAACCAGAGAAUGGUUAACGGCAAGCCCCUCUACGUCGCUCUUGCCCAGCGCAAGGAUGUCCGCAGAAGCCAGCUCGAGGCUAGCAUCCAGGCCCGUAACAACAUUAGACAGCAACAGGCCGCUGCCGCUGCUGGUAUGCCCCAGACAUACAUGCAGCCCGCCGUCUUCUACCCUCCCGGCCAGCAGGGCUUCAUUCCCGGUGGUCAGCGUGGCGGUAUUGCCUUCCCUCCUCAGCCUGGUAUGAUGAUGGGCAUCCCUGGUGGACGCCCUGGCCAGUACCCCGGUCCUUUCCCUGGCCAGCAGGGCGGACGUGGCGUCGGCCCCAACCAGCAGAUUCCUCCCAACUUCCAAGGCCUUCCCAUGGGCGCUAUGCAGGGCCCUGGUGGCAUUCCUAACGGCAUGGGCUACCCUCAGAUGCAGGUGCCCGGAUUCGGUGGCCGUGGCCGCGGUCAAGUUCCCGGCAUGGGCGGUCCUAUCCGUGGCCCCGGCUACGGUCAGGGACGUGGUGGCGCUCCCAUCCAGGGUCAGAUCCGCCCCGGCCAAGGUGGUCGUGGACAGAACCCCGGUCAGCCCGGCCCCACCGAGGGUGCCAGCGGCAUCACUGCUCAGGCUCUCUCCUCCGCCCCUCCUCAACAGCAGAAGCAGAUGCUCGGUGAGGCUCUUUACCCCAAGAUCCAGGCCCAGCAGCCUGAGCUGGCUGGUAAGAUCACUGGUAUGCUUUUGGAGAUGGACAACACUGAACUGCUUGGCCUUCUCGAGGAUGACGAUGCUUUGCGCGCCAAGGUCGACGAGGCCCUCAGCGUUUAUGACGAGUACAUGAAGAACAAAGGCGACGAGCCGGCUGCCGAGAAGCCCAAGGAGGCUGCUAAGGAGGCUCCUGCCGAGGAGAACAAGGCGUAA